AACGGUUGAAAUAUAGAACAAAGAAAUUCGUACAGGAAUACCACAUGAUUUCCCAUUGAAACUCUCUCCCCCUUUCUCUCUCUACAAUCCCCAUAGAUUUUCCCCUCUCUCUUUCUGUUCUCUCUCUCAUCCUCAUCUCUCGAUCUUCUCGCUCUGAUCAAGACCCAUAUCGGUGCGCUGGAUACGUUUAUAUUCGUUGGCAGUAAAGGGAAAGCUCGCGAUUUCAGCCUCUGGGUUUUUAUGGUAAAAAGUAACAUUUUGAAGUUAUUUGAUUCGCCAAAAUGGGACAAAGGAAUAUGAUGUGCCCUAAUCAGAUGAUCGAUAUGGAGCUGGAUCAACAAGCGCAGUCCAAUGUCCAUCCCGAGCCUUGUGUUCUGUUUGGAACUAGCAUUCCGAAUUUUCCACAGCCUAAUGUUCACACAAUGUUACCUGCUGCUGGGAAUGCUGCUAACUUUGAUAUCCAUCAUUUACCCGACAACCAUGAAAAUGCUGUGUUUUAUGGAAUGUCUCAGUACAAUGGUUUUCAGCAUCAUCCUUCCAGAAAUCUUGACUUGGGUGUCGCCACUGCAUCUCAUUACUUUAACCCAUACAUGACUCCACCUGGAACUAGAGUAUUCCCUCUCUCAAUAAAUCAGGGGUCCCACAUUCAAUUGCCAUCUUCCAGCAGCGGAAUCGGAGUUCCUACAGACGACUAUAGAAGGAAUGAUCACUUCAUUGAUGGUGGCUUUCCAUUUAAGAGAAAAAAUGACGAAGGGGUCCCACCAAGUUUCCAGUAUUGUAACGCUUCAGCGGGCUCUAGUUCAGCAGUUGCACCUCUAAAUCCAAGGCCUUUUGAAACUGGGGUUACACUGAUGGAUGUUGCUCCUUUUCCACUCCCUGAAUAUAGAGGGAAUGACGUACCUUCAGUUAUGGAAGUCAGAUCUCAAAGAAAUGCGAGGAACAUAUCAGGUGCUAGUGGACCAGACUCUGUGUUGGCAAAUAACCCUAACCAUUUGAUUCAAGCAAACUAUCCGACUCAGGCAUUUCCGACUGCCAGUUCUCCAUGGUUGGACCAACACUUCAACAGUAAUGGUUGUGAUGGAGGGACUUUUACCUGGAAUCAGGCACCUGCUUUCACAUAUUUGCAUGAACCAGGUAACAUGGGUGCGCAGGGAUAUCAAGAAACAAAUAGCGGUGGAAGUUCCACAAAUUUCCUGCAUCCUCCCAUGCACCAAGGUCAUCCCAGUCUUUAUCAACCAUCACAACCUAUGCAAGGACUGAGAGGCCAGAGUGUCAAUUUCCAUUCCCAAUUAGCAACACCUUCUCAUAGACCUUCGACAAAUACUACUUCACAUGCCAGUAUGAAUCCUUUCCAGGAUUGCGUAGAGUUGGGGCCUAGAUAUGUGGCACCUGCUCCACCAACUGGGCUUAGGAUACACCGGCCUCAUCGUAGGGCAUUGAUGCCUGAUGCAACCACGAGGCAUCGUGACCUUCCUCACUUGAGGGUUCUGCAUACAGAUGAAGUUGCCAUGCUAGAGAUUCCAGGAUAUCAUGAAGUGGGGCACCCGACUGAUCAUCACAGAGAUAUGCGCUUGGAUAUAGAUCAUAUGUCAUAUGAGGAGCUUCUUGCCUUGGGAGAACAAAUUGGCCAUGUAACCACUGGCUUGUCGGAAGAGACCAUCUUGAGUCAUCUGAAGACCAGGACGUAUAUGAAUUUGGAAGAAGCAACUUGUACAGAUGAGGAAACUGAUUUCUGCGUUGUAUGUCAGACUGAUUAUAAGAACCAAGAGAAGGUUGGAACUCUGGAUUGUGGACACGAGUAUCACGUAGACUGCGUAAAAAGAUGGCUGCUCAUCAAGAACACCUGCCCCAUCUGCAAAGCCGCAGCAUUGGCCACGGAGAGAAAGGAUUUACGCAGAGAGGGUCGAUGAGGAUCAAUUCGAAAUAUUCUCCCUCUUGUUCUGUUCCUAAUCUAUUUGAACAAGUCGUAUUCUGCUAUAUAUUUUAUCUGAACAUAUGGGGAAUUGACAGAACAGUCAAAACCUGUCCAUAACAUUAUUCGUUGGCUCCAUGUCUGUUUAUGAAACUUGUACAGACUUUUGCAUUCGUCUCAUCCCAUGUGUCGCUGUGAAUAUAUCGUUAUGUAUUCAUUAUGUACAUUUUUGGAUUGUUGAACAUAAAGCUGUUCAAUUGGAAAACUGAUUAGUUUGUUUACGA